UAGACAGUUUCUCAAGUGUUCAGCGGCGCGAUUACGAUGAACGCAUCCGUUUGUUUAAUGGGAGGGGUUGUGUAACCGUAUGAAAAGGCAGAAAACUUUCUUUCUACAUAAAUAUUUGUAGUAGUUCAGAGUUUCGCUUUGACUCUAUUCUAUCCAGUGCCCUGUAAAGAUUCCCCGGACAGAGAGAUCGGUGAAAUGGCGAGCAAGAAGGCAGUUUUGUUCAAUCUGUGGGGUGUCGUGGUUUCUCCCAGACCCGCAGAAACUUUCCUCAAAUUCGAAGAGACCCACAAACUCCCCAGUGGUUUUCUGGAGAAGCUGGUGACAAACGAGGACAGUGCAAUGCAACGUGCAGAGAGGGGCAAACUCUCCCUCUCUCAGAUGAUCCCAGAGCUUGAUGCAGAGUGUGUGAGUGCAGCAUCAGAUCAGAAGGUCAGUCUUGCUGCUGGGUUCUCUGUUAAGAGCCUGUUGGAGGAACUCAGAGACUCAACCACCGUCAACAAACACAUUCUGCAGACCGUAGCUACGCUCCGCAGACAAGGGUUAUUGACAGGUGUGUUGGCCAACCAGUGGGUGGAUGACAGUGGGUGUGGAGAUAGCUCUGGCCGUCUCCUCUCUCUGCUGGGCGUCCAUUUUGAUGUGGUGCUACAGUCCUGUCGUACCGGCCUCAGGGUCCCAGAGGCCGACCUGUUCAUCUCCGCUCUCAAACAGCUGGGAGUGCCUCCGAAACAGGCUCUGUGGUUGGCUGAUGAUGAGAAGGGGGUGGGAGCAGCAGAGGCAUUAGGGAUGACAGCUGUUUUGGUGAAGGACCUGCCUGAAGCUCUGAAACAAGUAGAGACCUUCACUGGAGUACAGGCCGUAACAGGGGAAAGCUACCCAGCCUCUUGCAACCCAGAAGAGGUUUCUCAUGGAUAUGUCACCGUCAAGAUCAAAGGGUUUUAUUGUCAUAUUGGGUCCAACGUGGAGUUCCUGGCGGCAGCGAUGCUCCAAAGGCCAUGGACCCUGCUGAUAACCACAGUGUUGGAGAUGAACCCCCAACACCGCUGGGAACCAAUCGGUGUGGGGGUCUCUGGCGAUCCCAUAGAGGAGAAGGGUGUAACAGAGACCUGUCCUUAUAUAACUCCUCUACAGGGUGUAACAGAGACCUGUCCUUAUAUAACUCCUCUACAGGGUGUAGCUGAGACUGAGAUGGAGAAAGAUCUGGCAAGGACCUUCAAGAUCUUCUUCCGUGGCAGUGGAGAUGAGGAUAAUGUUCCUACUAUCAACACUUCGGGAGUUUGUGCCAGAGGUGGUCUGUUCGUAGGACUACCAGACGAGAUACCUAGGAGUUCUAUCCUCAGUGAGACCGCUCUGCAAUUCUACAUCACUCAGUUCAAAGACAAGGGAUUCAGAGGGCCGCUGAACUGGUACCGUAAUGUUGUGAGCAACUGGAAAUGGCUAUGCUCCCGACCCAGAGCUAAGCUCUUGAUGCCAGCUCUGAUGGUGACCGCGGGUAAAGAUCCUGUUCUGCUGCCUGUCUUCUCCAGGGGAAUGGAAAACAUGAUUCCCAACCUCACCAGAGGACACAUUGAGGAGUGUGGACACUGGACCCAGAUGGAAAGGCCAUCUGAGCUGAACACCAUUCUGAUCUCAUGGCUGAAGGACACUCACAGCAACAUGGGGGUUGCCGUGACACCCAAGCUGUGAUCAGUUACCAUGACUGGCCACUCCUCGGAGCCUGGUUCCUCUCUAGGUUUCUUCCUUGGUUCUUGCAGCUUGACGUUUAUUGGGAUGAGUCUAGUCCUGGAGGCAGAACUGAGCCAUUUGCACGAGAUGGACCAGCUGCAAAGUCAAAAUUUGCUAUAUAAAAAAAUAUAUAUAUACUGAACAAAAAUAUAAACGUGACAUCUAACAAUUUCAAAGAGUUAUAGUUCAAAUAAGGAAAUCAGUCAAUUUAAAUACAUUUAUUAGGCCCUAACGUAUGGAUUUCACAUGACUGGGCAGGGUCGUAGGCCCACCCACUGUGCAGCCAGGCCCACCCACUGGGGAGCCAGGCCCACCCACUUGGCAGCCAGACCCACCCACUAGGGAGCCAGGCCCACCCACUGGGGAGCCAGGCCCACCCACUAGGGAGCCAGGCCC